AUGUUUCACACCAAAGACAAACAGCAGAAUAGCUACCAGCUAAUACCCUCCAUGUUUCACACCAAGAACAGACAGCAGAACAGCUACCAGCUAAUACCCUCCAUGUUUCACACCAAGAACAGACAGCAGAACAGCUACCAGCUAAUACCCUCCAUGUUUCACACCAAGAACAGACAGCAGAACAGCUACCAGCUAAUACCCUCCAUGUUUCACACCAAGAACAGACAGCAGAACAGCUACCAGCUAAUACCCUCCAUGUUUCACACCAAGAACAGACAGCAGAACAGCUACCAGCUAAUACCCUCCAUGUUUCACACCAAGAACAGACAGCAGAAUAGCUACCAGCUAAUACACUCUGUGUUCCACACCAACAGCUACCAGCUAAUAUCCUCCACAUUUCACACCAAGAACAGACAGCAGAACAGCCAUUAUCUAAUCCUCACUGUUGAGUACAGACACUAA